UAGCAAAUGAAGACAGGAGCCUGUGCUGGAGGGAGACCAUCUUGCAGACCCACAGCCCAUGGACCACAGAGUGCAAACCGGAGAACAGCUGGAACAAGAGGAGCAGGAGGAAGUCCAGCAGAACACCACCAAGGUCAAAUCAGCCCUAGAUAUUAUAAGAACAGUUCUUGCUUCCUGCUUUAAAUUGGAUCAAUAUCUUUCACUCUGGAAGCUGCUUACAGAGGAACUGAAGUAAUAACUUACCAAAGUUCAAAGUAAAUUUAUUACCAAAAUAGUUAUAUAUCAUCAUAUACUAAUGUGAGAUUCAUUUUCUCACAGGCUUUCAAAAGAUUCAAAGUACAUUUAUUAUCAAAGUAUGUGUGCAGUAUACAACUCUGAGACUUGUCUUCCCCAAAGACAGUCACGGAACAAAGAAAACCAUGGAACUCGUUCAAAGAGAAACAUCAACCCCACCAUCCACCAAAAAAAAACAAAUCACGCAAAUGGCAACAAUGAAAAAGAGCAAAAAAGCACAGAGUAUAAAAAGCAAAAUUGAAGAAGUUCUGGCAUAUUCAGUUCAGCUCAGUGUUCAUUACUUUCAGGCCAAAAUCGCCCAAAAUACCAGCAAAAAAAAGAGGAACUGCAGAAACCAGAAACGCAUUGUAACAUGUACUAUAGAGUCCAAUCCACAAACCACAUGGAUUAAAGUGAUUAGAACAGAGAUUAAGUCAGUUAGAACAGGGAAAUAUAACGGAAUCAAUGAAAAACUAGACAAAAACAAAGACCGCCAAACAACCACAAGUAACUAAACAAUACUGAAAACCUGGGUUGUUGAGUCCUUGAGGGUGAGUCUACAGGUUAUGUAAUCAGUUGAGAGUUGAGGUGUUGUUAUCAAUCUGUGCUGACAGGGGUCUGCAAGUGAGAAAUCGAAGAUCCAUUUGCACAUGGGAUAUCAAUGCCUUGGGGCUCAGUGAUUAGUUUUGAGGGGGGGUGAUAGUUUUGAAUGCUGCGCUGUGGUCAAUGAAGAGCAGCCUGAUGAACGCAUCUUCGCUGUCCAGAUGCUCCAGAGUUGAAUGAAGAGCCAAUGAAAGGGCAUCUGGUGUCGACCGGCCACACAGAUAUGGAGAACAAGCUGUUGCCCAAGUAGCAAGCUUCCCCUCUCCACAGAUCUGAUGAACCCAAAGGAACGGCCAAGACCGAACAGUUUGGUACCAGCAGUGUUGCUGGUCAGUGUUGAACUCAAUGUAGGACUGCCUUAGUGAUUCCAACUCUGGGCUUUUCCCUUGAGGUUUAUUCCUGAAUUCUUCCCCAUCAGUGGGUACAGCUGCAAGGUAGCGGAGGUUUGAGAUCAGAGUUUUCCUUCUCCUAGAUGAGCUGCCAACCACAGCUGACAAGUUCCAUCUGCCCAAAACCAUUGAUUUUAAGGCAUCGGUAACCCACUGUUAUAAUACGUCAACAACGAAUAUAGAAUACAGACAGUUUUUUCUAAAAAAACAAAUAAACAUUUAUUUAAACUCUGCUCAAUAAAAAUGAAAAGUAAAAAAACGACUAACUUAACCAGAAGUUAUCUGCUACAUGGCAACUCGAACAGUUCUUAAAGCGAUAAAUAUGAGAGUCCAAAUGAUUUAUACAGUCAAUUAGGAGAGACUUUCCUGAAGUAACGAAUUCCUUGAUGACGUGACAUUACUGCUGAUCCCAGCCGAAAUAUGCCUUGUCCGAAGGAUUCACGAUGAAGGAGAUAAAAAUGGCUUAAAGGAACUGACCUUUUCCUUGGUGUCAUUGGUGAAUAACACUGCAUCCAACCCUUUCUGCUCUUACAAUGCAGGGGCUAUCUCGGAUGCAGGUUACUAAUUCCUUGAAUGAAGAUCCAAUAAGGUCAACCCUGUAUUACCACCAACGACACCAACUUUACUCGAUCCUUCGGGUUUCCAUACUUCGGUAAAUCUUCACUCUUCAAUACUUAGACUUUAUAAUUAAAUCGAAGAUACAUCAAAUGCAACUGGCAGUGAUUUUCAAAACUGCCAGCACAACGACAAUGUACCUUACAGUAAGAAUUAAAACUCCACUUUAAAACAAAACUGCGUCAUGAAACCAAAUAUGCAGCAUAACGGAGUAACAGAUGACUUAAACAACGUCCCAACCAGAACUCCUGCAUCACAGCAGGUUUUCCCCAUUUUAUACCUGUUGGAACGGGCCAUCACUUGACCUCACACUGGAGGGAAAAUUACAUCAUGUGACCUCACACUGGCAGGAAAAUACAUCACCCCACCGUCACAAGACCAUUACGUCACGCCAACCAGAUACUCAAUUACAUCAUGGUCAUGAGACAGUCACAAGAUACCCACAGGGUAUGUAACACCCACAUUUACCCUUUCUCCUGUCAGUAGAAACAGUAGUUCCAUCAGACUUAGGAACUAAACCAUAUGUGAAGGCCAGGAGCUGGACUUGGUUGUCAGAGACUAGCUGAGGUGCUUGUCCCCACUACCAACCCCAGCUAUAGUAACCUCAGGAACCACAGCCAUGCAGUGAUGGGGUAGAAUAGGCAGGGGUAAACUCAUCAAUUGACCAAUAUUUACAUCCAUUAAUUCUGAUUGUUAAUUAUCUUAAUAAUGCAUAAAAUAAUUCAUUGAAAAAGACAUUUUUUCUCUGUGGCAUGGAUUAAUUAUAGAACAGUUAAUACCAUUUUUGGCAUCUGUUUCAAAUGAAUCUCCUCUGGUAACAUAUGGAUUUAAACAUUGUAUAUGGCAAUUGCUUUGUAGAAAUACAGGUGCUGGAGGAGUAUUGGGUCAAGCAAAGGAAAUACCAUUUGUGUAUGACAAAUGAAAUAUCCGUUUCAAAAGGACUUACCCAUUGCUCACAGCCCUAGAAUGUUCUGACAAAUACUGAAAGUCAGACUGACAGUAUGUUGAUCUAUCUGGAAACUCAUGGAACAGAUUAUGCCACAGGCAGCACACACAUACCCAAAUAAAUCACUCUUGUAACUGCUGCAACUUAAAGUGAAAGCUUGUAAGUAGCUUUUAUGUGAUCUAGGCUAUGAAUAAUGUAUUUAUUAACUGGCAAUUGGCACACUGAUCUAUUCCAAUAAAACUUCCAAAGUCCACUAAUUAUUCCCACAAACUAUGGGCUCACUUUCAAGGACUCUUCAUUUCCCAUGUUCUCAAUAUUUAUUGCUUAUUUGUUUAUUAUUAUUAUUAUUUCUAUUUUUUUCUUUUGUAUUUGCACAGAUUGUUGUCUUUUGCACGUUGUUUUUUGUCCAUCCUGUUGGUCUUUCAUUGAUUCUAUUAUGUUUCUUGGAUUUACUGAGUAUGCUCGCAAGAAAAUGAAUUUCAGGGUUGUAUGUGAUGACAUGUACGCACCUUGUCAAUAAAUUUACUUUGGACUUUAAAAUAUGAGAAAGUCUGCAGAUGCAGGAAACCUAGAGCAGCACACACAAAAUGCUGGAGGAACUCAGGAGGUCAGGCAGCAUCUAUGGAAAUGAAUAAACUGUUGAUGAUUCAGACCCUUCAUCAGGACUGUAUGCAUUCCCAUCUAUUACUCUGAGCACCACUGGCACUUGUUUUUCAUUGGCUAUUUCAUUUGCUUCAAAAUACUGUUCAAUUCAUUCAGUAUACAUCAUCCAGUUAUCCUGAUGUGCAAUUGAGUACAUCUGUCUUUCUGAUGUAGCCAGCUAUCUCUGCUUCAUUUUUAUUUAUUAUUAUUAUCACUGGUACUCACUGCUUUGUUUGUUUUCUACCUUUUUUUUUUAACUCAACCAUCUCUCUCCCCUUCCAAAAACACACUUGCUGCAUUUUUUUAAAAACUCAAAUGUCUCUCCUCUUGUGAGAGAAGUAAAAAAUGCUCACAGUCUUCUGCUGCUGUAGCAAAUGUACUUCAAGGUUUGACAUACGGUACAUUCAGAGAUGCUCUUCUGUUGUAACACGUUGUUAUUUAAGUUACUGUUACCUUCCUGUCAUCUUGAACCAGUGUGGCCGUUUCCUCCUGAGCUCUCUCAUUAACAAGGCAUUUUCGCCCACAGAAAUGCUGCUCAAUGGACUUUUAACGUUUUUCUCACCAUUCUCGGUAAGCUCUGGAGUGUUGCGUGUGAAAACCUGAGGAGGUCAGCAGUUUCUGAGAUAAUCAAAUGACUGACACCAGCAAUCGUUCUAUAAUCAAAGUCACCGAGGUCACAUUUCUUCCCCAUUCUGGACAACAACAGAACCUCUUGACCAUGUCUGCAUGCAUUUGUGCUUUGAAUUACUGUCACAUGAUUGAUUAAAUAUUUUCAUUAACAAGGAAGUGUACAGCUGUACCUAACAAAGUGACCACUGACUCUAACUCAUAGCUUCCUGCUCCUUUCGCUCCACUGAUUUAAUUCCAGUUAGGACAAGAUUAUUGACAAGAAAGGCACUGUGUGUGUGCAAGGCUAUUCCUCACAGUGCAAAGUAAGAUGGCCACUGGAGGCAAAAUAAAUCUUGUAAAGUCACUUAAACCUUUCACAUUUAGAGGUUACAAUAAGAUUUGAAGGCCUCCGUUGGUCAGGGUCGACCAUGGAUGUUGUGUUCUAGCUAUCUAAAUACACAAACCAGGGCAGUACAAUAUGGAGAGCAAACUCCCCUCUCCACACACCUGAUGAAUCCAAAGGAAUGGCAGAGACUGAUACAGCUUGGCACCAGCAGUGUCCACAGGAGUUGUCAGUCAGCACUGAGCCUUAGACACUCCAGCUCUGAUUUUUCCCUCAGGGUUUACUCCCGAAACCUUCCCCUUGAGUGGGUAUAGCGGCAAGGGUCUGGAGGUUUGAGAUCCGAGUUUUCCUUCUCCUAGGUGAGUUGCCAACCAUGGCUGACGGGACCCAUUUGACAAUAGUGAGUGGUUUCAAGGUGCCAGCAGCCCACCUUUGCCCCUUCUCCUGACAGUAGAAAUGAUUCUGCUGGGCUCAGUAGCUAAGCCACGCAUGAAGGCCAGGAGCUGGACUUGUCAGAGGCUAUCUGAGAUGCACACCGCUGGGAGCAUUUGCUAGGUAGUAGGAGCUUGUCCCCACCACCACCCCCGGCUAGAACAACCUCAAGGAACUACAACCAAAUUAGCCUUGUGAAACCAUUGAGGACCAGGACUAAUUGUGGUCUUUCUUUUGCUAAUGGAGGAUGAAAUUAUUGGAAGAAGCAACAAAGGUAUUUAUAUUUCGUACAGGGAAAUUAUAGGCUGAGACUUUGGAAUGGAUAUCUGGGUUAAAUCUAUAAUAUUGCAGACAUGGCAACAUUUGUCUCACUUGAGGGGCGGUGGCACCAUGCUGUUUGAUUCAUUGCUUCAUUAACGAUCGCAUUGAGGUUUUCCAGUGUUCCAGGGCUUGGACAGGCAAAUAGAACUUUGCUUUGGGGCACUUCAUCAUGUGGUAAAAGUUGGGUGGAGAUGAAACACACAUCACUUUCAGGGCUGGUUCCAGAAUUUCAGUUAACAUUAUUGGCUUCUCAGUCCAGACUGUACGAAGGCUCCCAACUAAACUUGGGUUAAUUUGAUUUCCCCUUGCAAAAAAAAAGUGCAGUAUGUAAUUUUCUUUGAAGGCAGAAUUUUUGUUCUUUUUUUUGGUGAAUGUUAACCACAGCUUACAUCACCAUGAAAAAUUUCUCCGUAUUUUCCAGUGACAAAAACUGCUGCUACAUUUAACGCUUUACACCUUUUUCAUACAAAGGGUCUAUUUGAUUUAAUAUUCUUUGAAAACUAUAGCAUAAAAUGCCUUUUCUAAUUCCCUUUAGGCAAGUUUGGUUUUUGGAGAAUGUUUGUGAGAAUGUCAGAGCACGAGGUUGACUUUGUGAAUUGUGUUCCUACCCACAGGCAUUUAAUGGAAAGGAGAUGAGGAUGAAUUGCUGACAACUUACUUUAUAAACAGCUCUUUCCUGAGUUAAUGAAUAGGAGACUCAGAAAUUAAGAUAGACUUCAGUUUGCAGUCAUUAAUAAAAAAAAUGACGUAAUGACAUUAGCAAUUUGAGUAUUUUUUUCCAUUCGGUAGAAUAAUUCUGAUUUUAAUACCAUUUUAUUCCAGUUUAAUUUAAUUAAAAUUCCAUUUUAAUUCUGAUUCCCAUUCCUGUUCCCGUUCCAACAUGUCAGUUCAUGGCCUCCUCUUAUGCCAAGAGGAGGCCAUCCUCAGGAUGGAGGAGCAGCACCUUAUAUUCCUUCUGGGUGGUCUCCCAAUUGAUGGUAUCAAUACCGAUUUCUCCUUCUGGAACUUUGUGAAUGUGACAAUAACGGCGUGAUUUAUCAUCUCUAAUGCAUAAUGAAAAUAUUUUUAAAACAAACGCAGUUAAACUUCCUGAGAUAAUUGAGACUGCUCUAUCCACUGAAGAAUUAACUUUCUGGUAAAUGAUGUGCUUCAUCCAUCGGAGCGGUUGAAAUUUCACCUUAGGUCGUGGAGCUUCCUGAAUGCGCACAGAUGUUGGAAACUCCCAAUAGGAAAUAAUCGGAGUGAUAUGCACGAAUGUGAAGAUCUGACAAUCAGAAAGGUUGUGAAUGGCGAAACGGCCGAGUGUUGUGGCAAUAUCUGAGGGCAAAGCCCAUCUCUGCCUGACUAUUUACAAACUUUGUGCAAGAGAUCCCAGAAGCUCAUGUUGCAUGGAACAUUAUUUACAUUUUUUUCCAAAAGAAUCCUAAUUUUCCUGCCCUACUGAUAGUAGAGAAUUGUGUGGCAACGGAACAGCAAAACCAAGUGGAAAUUCCAGGUCUUGAUGUUUAUGUAGUGUUAAGUGAAAACACUGAAAAUUGCCUGGUGUAAAUAUGUCAGCUGAUGUUGCUGAUAAUGGGCAAUAAGCACUGAAUACAUAAUGAGCUUCAAGUGCAUGGAGCUGAACUAGACACUAAUCACAAAAAGCUUUAGAAGUUCCACGUGUUGUUGGCCAUGCCGUUCUACUGGGAUACAUAGGACAUCUGUUUCUACUUCAGGAAGAUGAUCCAUAUUUAAGUUAUAAUAUUUCAGUCUUUGCAGUCAAAACUCUGUUGUUCUAUUUAAACAAGCACAUUCUAAGUUCUUAAUUGCCCUGCUUCAUAAUAUUUCCCCAAUUAUUUGUCUUCCGAGCUGGCAUGCAAAUCCAUCUGUUGAUUUAUCGAUGAAUGUGCAGAAACAGAAAUUUUAUUUCUGGUGUGGAAAGAUUUUUAAAGGAAUGGUAGAAGUAAAAGGCUGUGAGUGCUUUUGCCAUCUGUAUGAUCAGAAUGACAAAUAUUUAUGAAAUCCAUAAAUGAAAAUUGUUUUCUUAAAUAAUCCUCAACAAUUCUUUCCCCUCCCCCAAACCUAUGAACACGAUCCUUUGUAUCGUAGAACCUGAGAAACAAUUCUCAGCUGGAACAUGUUCAAAAAAAACCAAAGCUGAUCUCAGCCUAGCCCGUUAAACAGCUUGUGAAGUAGUCCACUCUCUCUUACUUACUCUCAGACACACACACACACACACACUCAUAAACACUCACACAUGCAUGCCCCUUUCGCAGUCGGCUGACAAAGUGACUUUCUCUUUCUCUCUCUCUCUCUCUCUCUCUCUCUCUCUAUCUUUCUCUCUCUCUGCUGUGAAGCUUGAAGUUGCAAACUGUAAAGGAGAAAAGUUCUCUUGCUCUUCAUAAAGACCUGUACAGACGAGCAUCCAGAAGAAAUUUCACUAUCACGUCGAGAAAACUUAUCCUUUCAUUUCUAAAUGAGAUCCAGCCAACUUGCAAAGAUCACACGGGAAAGGACAAUGCUGCAAAUGGAUAUUUUCGUUCUUUUAUUGAUGACCAUCGUCGACUAUGUUUCCAGUGGAGGCUAUUCUUCAAAGUACAUGCACCCGAUGACCAAGGGUCCAUUAGGACCUCCCUUCAGAGAAGGCAAGGGGCAGUAUAUAGAAAUUCCAGUGAUUCUACCUUCGGAUCUCAAGGGUGAUAAAGGUGCUCCUGGAAAACCUGGACCAAGAGGACCUCCUGGGCCGCCAGGGAUGCCAGGCAAACCAGGAUAUGGCAAACCGGGUGAACCAGGCCGAACCGGCCCUCCAGGGGCCCCAGGAUUUUCGAGCUUUGGAAAACCAGGAAGGCCAGGAACACCUGGUAAGCCAGGAAUAAUAGGACUUCCUGGACCUAAGGGUGACAUAGGACCCAGAGGAGAUCUAGGUCCACGAGGCCCAGCUGGGAUUCCAGGGUUACCUGGGCCUGUGGGGCUUUCUGUCCCUGGGAAGCAAGGGCCCCCGGGGGUUGCUGGUGCUCCAGGGCCCAGAGCAGAACCUGGUGAGAAAGGAGAACCUGGAGCUCCUGGGGAACGUGGCCCCAAAGGUGAGGUUGGAUAUGGAAAACCAGGUAUUCCAGGUCCAAGAGGUAAGGAAGGGAUUCCUGGAAAACCUGGACCCCCAGGUCUACCUGGUAUUGGAAAACCAGGAAUUAAUGGCUUACCAGGUGUACCUGGCGAAAUAGGUGAAUCAGGACCAAGGGGAGAAAUUGGCCCACCAGGGCCUCCUGGUCCUCAGGGUCCUGCAGGGAAGCCAGGAUUGGAUGGCAUAGGAAAACCAGGUCAAGAUGGAUUAACAGGUAAGCCAGGAGCUGCAGGGUAUAAAGGUGAGCCUGGACCACCAGGUGCGAGGGGUUUGCCUGGAGUUCCAGGGUAUGCAAAACCAGGAAUGAAUGGAAUAAAAGGCCAGCGAGGGCCUCCUGGUGCACCAGGUGCUCCAGGACCCAAGGGUGAACCAGGUGUAAAUGGUUUACGUGGUGAACCAGGUCCUAAGGGUGAACAAGGUUAUCCAGGGCCAAUGGGAUCCAAGGGUUUAAUGGGAAAGCAUGGUCUACCAGGACCUGAAGGUAAAAUUGGGCUUACUGGGCCUCCAGGGCCAAAAGGAAGGCAAGGGGAUCAGGGAUAUAGUGGUGUACCUGGAGAAUCUGGUAUACCUGGGGAAAGGGGUUUACCAGGACUUCCAGGAGCACCAGGUAAAAUUGGUCCGAAAGGAGACUUUGGACAUACAGGGGCUCCUGGGAUACCAGGAUUAGCAGGUCCUAUAGGACCCAAAGGUGAACCAGGGCAAAGUGGACAACCAGGGCCCAGAGGCUCUUCAGGAAUUCCAGGUAUGCAGGGGGCUACAGGACCUAGAGGACCAAUGGGUUUACCUGGUCCCAGAGGAGAAUCAGGGCCUCCAGGCUUACCAGGAGAAGGAAAAUUAGGAGUACCAGGAACUACAGGACCAAUGGGCCCAAUGGGACACCCUGGCAUUCCAGGUAGGAUGGGAGCUCAAGGCCCGCCUGGACCUCCAGGUCCACCGGGCCCACCCGGGAUCAUCGUUAAUGGGGAAACAACAGGUAUUGCUAGCCUGCAAGUAAAUGGUGGUGUGGAUGGUGCCUCAAUACCAGGAAACGGAAAGCCAAAAUAUGAAAGAGGAGAAAUUUCUGCACGCGUAGCUCCAGCUUUCACUGCAAUCCUUACCAAGUCAUUUCCACCUUCAGGGGUUCCCAUUAAGUUUGAUAGGAUUUUGUAUAAUGGACAACAUGGUUACAAUCCAGCAACCGGGCUAUUCACGUGUCAAGUUCCCGGUGUCUACUACUUUGCUUAUCACGUGCAUGUAAAGGGAACCAGUAUCUGGGUGGCACUGUACAAGAAUAAUGUGCCUGCAAUGUACACGUAUGAUGAAUAUAAGAAAGGAUACCUUGAUCAAGCAUCAGGGAGUGCAGUUCUGGAACUCAGAGAGCAUGAUCAGGUGUGGAUCCAGAUGCCGUCAAACCAAGCCAAUGGUUUAUAUUCCACCGAUUACAUCCAUUCCUCAUUCUCAGGAUUCCUACUUUGCCCGACAUAACGAUGAUCAACUUGAAUUAGCGGAUUUAUAUAUUGUGUAGUAAUUAACUGUAUCAAGAGGGACACUGGAAAAAAAAACACACACACACACACACACACACACACACACACACACACACACACACACACAAGUGCUAUAUCUUGCUACCAUUUUCCAGUAUAAAAGAAAAGCCUCUGGAUGAAAAUCGGCGUAGUAUAACAACCACAAACAUCAGACGUUUUCCCUAAUGACUGCACAUUUUCAGCUUACGCUAUAAGGGACUAAAUGUGGAACUUUUUUUUUAAUGAUCAGUUAGAGGCAAAAGAUUUGUCAAUGAAAGUUGAUAUGAUGUAAGUGACACUUGUAUUCCCUGUGCUACUUUUGAGUAAUGUUCUGCGUAAGGAAGCAUUUCUUGUUCUUUUUUCACAUUUAUACCAUUGACAGAAACAAUCUAUCAAUAUUACACAGUUGUAUAUUAAUUAUUAUAAUCAUAUCUUUUAAGUGCAAUACAUGAUUAGUGGUGUUCCAUUGUGAAUUCUGACAACUGUGUACACUGUAUACUUACUGAGAAUUAAAACUUUGAGGAAUGGUAUAA